AUGAAAAUCCUUUGCCUGGAUGAGCCUUACCUGCCCCAUCGCCAGUCUUUGGUGGAUGGUGAAGAUGAAUACGAGAAGGAUGAAAUUCUUGACUUGUGGAUCUUCUGCAACAAACUUCAAUACCUGGAUCAAGGCCAAGGCUAUGGUGAGGAGGAUAAAGCCAGUUGGAAUAAUAUUGGAAGCCAGUUGACAAUAUUCAUGCUCCUGAUCUUCUUCAGUCUUCUCGCACGGUACCCUGCUAAACCAGGGAAUAAGACAUCUGGAGGCUGCACCUGUAGAG